AUGGCUUCAGAAUCCCAAGCGUCGAACAACCCUCUUGAGAUCCCCAACAUGGGCGAAAUCAUCAUUGCACCUCCUAGCACUCUCAAGGCUGGCAGUACUUUUCGAAUUGUGGGCCAUAUCGACGAGUCCAUCGUGCCCUUGGGGGAUGGUCUCAAAGCAUGGCUUUUGCUGAUGAAUCCCUUGGAAACGUCGGAAGCCCAGGAAUCUCUCAAGCUCACCGUAGCGACUGCUGAAACCACUGCUAGAGGCGAAUGCAAACCGCCUCUGUCUUCGUUUAUGGCGGAGUCGAAAGCAUACUGGGUUUCGCGGGACCCGUCACGCGAGAUGAAUAUCCCAAUUGGAUGGUACGUAGCCUUCGACAACCUGAAAAUCAACCAGCCGGGGAAGUACUCGUUCUUCAUUCGUCUACUUCAGUUCGUCCCGUCCGCUGAACCGGGAGACGUGUUGCCAAGUUUGUGUCUUGAUCUUUGCAACAUUACGGUCACUGACCAUGAAGAUGCAAAAGAGCAAACUAUCGAUUCGAAUUUUCAUCCAUUGUUGACGGAGCUAGACGAGCUCCAUUAG